AUGGAUCGCAAAAUAAAAAUCAUUCAAACACUGUUAUUAUUAUUUUUUUUUUUAAACAAUUUAAUUUCAGUUAAAACAAAAAUAAUAGAUGUAUCUGAUCAAAAGUUUUCAACUUAUAAUAAAUAUCAAUUAGGAUCUAAUGACCCCGUUUGUGAUUUUAAGUUUGAAUUUUUAUCACCAAUUGCAAGUGGUUUAAAAUUUACAAGUUUUUAUAAUACCACAGGAGAACCAAAUAUUAGAAAUGAUUCUUUUAUUAUUUUCACUGUUAAACUUUGGAAUUUUCCAAUUGGAAAUUUCACUGGUGAGGUCGAUAAUGGUGAGGACAUUUUAACUAUUAAUUUUAAUUGUUUAGCUAUUGAUUUUAAUAAUAUGAAAUUUAGGGUAUAUCCAAAUUUAAGAUCAAAUAGAUUUACAGAUGAUGGUUGUGCAAUAUUAAUAAUUGAUGGAUUAAAUGGACCAUUAAAUGGAUUACAAGACCCACAUGCAGAGAGGGCAUUUUCCCCAAUUUCAUAUAAUUCAUUUAAAAUUAUUAUUGAACCAUUUUAUACUGGUGGUAAUAUGGAAUUUAAUUUUUUUAAUGUGUCAGAUGGUGGUGAAUCUUGGUAUAAUAUUAUAAUUCCAUAUCUUUAUGAAUCAAGAGGAAAUAGUGACGAAUUUUCAUAUCAAUUAGAAACAUAUCCACCUGGAACUACUUCAUAUCAAGUAAUGGGUAAUGGGUUUGGACCAUUGCAAACAGUUUCAACUCAAACUACAGAUAUUGAUCCAAUUAUUAUUUUUGUAAACAAUGAUUUUUCAAUUAAUGAACCAAAACCAAUCUUUUCAAUUAAUGGUACAACAACGUAUAUAAAUCCAGUUGGAUAUUUAUUUGUAAAAAAUUCGAAUGCUAAUGUUUAUGUUUAUUAUAAUGAAACUUUGAGGAGUUCUAUUGGUUCAAACGAUAUAUAUAUAAUUGAAAAAUUUUUGGUUUUUAACUAUAUUUUCGUUGAGUCUCAUAUUUUGUUGACUCCGAAAGGAAAUUUAAUUCUAACACAAUUUAUCAAUGUUUCAAAGUAUGAUCUUUCAGUGUAUACAUAUGAAAUAUAUGACAAGGGGUUAUUAAAAGAAACUUUUCCAUUUGGUUUUGAAGAUGGUUCAAAUUUAAAAGGAUUUUCACUUUCAAUAUCAUUCCUUUUACCAAAUGAAACUUCAAAGACUCGUCGUUUUUCAAUUCAACCAUUUAAUUAUUUUUUUAACAUUCCAUCUCCAAUUUCUGUUAUAAAACAACCAACAUUAUAUUCAGUAGAUGUUAUUCAUUUAUUUGAAUUUAAAUAUUUAUUUCAAAUCCAAAUAGACAAAACUUUAAUGCUAAAAUGUUUUAUUAUUAAUAAUAAAGAAUAUGGUCAUGAAAGAUUGGUUGCACAAUCAACUUCAAUGGAUACCUUUAUUUCAACAGAUUAUUAUACCUAUGAAAUAGUAAUUGAUACAUUUUUACAUUAUCCAGAGAUAAUAACAUAUGAAGAUAUUUAUGGAUAUACUCAAGAUUUUAAAAUUGGUGAAAUUACAAGUCCAAAAUCACUAAAAAGAAUACCAUACCCACCAAAAUUACAAGAUGUUGAUAUAUUUUCAAUAAGUGAUUUAAGUUAUUUACAUCAAGUUGUUGAUAUUACUAAUAAAACAGUUUCAAAUAUAAUUUAUUUUAAUUUUACAAAACCAAUUGAAAAGGAAAGAGUUAUUGGUUUUCAAUUAUUAGAUAGGGUUUCAUUAAAUCAAAUAGAGAAUGAUGGUAUUGGUAAAGUUUAUUAUUCAAAAUGGAAUUCAACAAUUAAAUUAUUUCAAGUUGAAUUUGAAAUACCAUCAAAUACUCAAAGUGGAGUUAUUCCUUGGAAAUUAGUAUUUGGUGGAUGGUCAUAUAUAAAAGAUAUCGUUGAUGGAAAUUUAGCAACACUUUUUAGUUCAUACCUAUCAAAAUCAGUUCAAUUAACUUGUAUUAGUAAAAAUUAUGAUGGAUAUGGUCCUGUAAUAAAUAAUUUAAGUGUAAUUUCAACUAGUCUUGAAGUUGGUUUGAAAAUUAAUAUUUAUGAUCCAAUCAAUGGUUUUAAAAAUGGUACUAUUAAAAUUUCAGGUGAAUUAGAUAGUUCAACUUAUAUUUUCUAUUUAGAACCAACAGGACAAAAUUAUAAGAGACAGUUACUUCGAAAUGAAAUUAAUGUUAAAUUAUCAAGUGGUGAUGAUAAAUCUGGUUUUUAUCAAUUAUGGAUACCAAUCCCUUUAUCAUGUGUUCCACAAAAUUAUUCAAUCACAUAUGUUGAAUUAUAUGAUACUCAAAUGAAUAGAGCUAUAUUUUCAGAAAAUGGUAAUGUUGUAGAACCAAUUCAAAAUCCGUUCAUUAAUUUUAUGGAUUUCAAUAAUAGAAUUGUCCCAAACUUUUGUUCAAAUACCGGUGGUAAUACAGUUCCAUUUUUAACAGAUUUCCAAAUGUAUGAAUUUCCAAAUGGUGUUUUCAAUUUUAAUUUCACUGUAACAGAUUUGGAUUCUGGUAUUAGAAUUGAUCAAACUCCAAUUAUUUACAUAUCUACAUUAUUUUUUGAUUCUAUUAAAUGUUAUUCAAAAUUAUUUUCUCAAUCUUCUAUAAAUACUUGUAGAUAUACAUGUAGUAUUAAUGUACCAUAUGGUUUUGGUUUUAGAAGUGAAUUUAUUUUUAGUGUUUAUGGAUUUAUAAAUAAUUUAGGAUACUAUAGUGGUUACUCUUCUCACACACUGGGAUCAAAUGGUUGGACAAAUAGAUAUAAUGGUUUAAUUAUUGAUUUUAUGCCUGAUACUAUGACUAUUACAGAUACAAGUACAAUUAAUGAAAAAGGUGGUUUAUUAUGGGUAUUGGGUAGUAAUUUUUAUAAAGAUUUUAUUGAUCCUAAUGGAAAUAUGUAUUCUUCAUUUGUUGUUUAUAUCAAUUACACUGAAACAUUAAAUAAAUAUGAACAACCCCCAAUUACUGUAUACUCUAGUGCUUUUUCGGUAAUGGUAAAUGCAACUACAAAACCAUUUAUAAUUUAUAUUAUGGAAUUUGAUAUGAGUGGAAAUCUAAUUUCCAUUUCAAACAAAUUUACAGUUGUACCAAAAAUUUUCAAUAUAUCAUAUGAUUUACCUCCAACACCCACACCAACAACUCCAUUACCAACAAAUCCACCACAAUUAUGUUUUGGUGAACCAAUUUGUGGUGGUAAAAAUCAAGGUUAUUGUUUAACAAAUGUUGGAUGUGUUUGCUAUUCACCUUGGAUUGGUAAUGAUUGUAGUUCACAAGUAAUCAUAAUUCCACAACCAAAACCAAAUCCAAAUGACCCAACCACUGAAAUUAUAAUAACACCAAAUUCAACAUCAACAUCAAAUAUUCAAGAUUAUUCAUUUAAAUCAAUUGUUUCAUUGAUUGGAAUUAGAGAAAUUGAUUUUAAUUCAAAGGUUGUAAAUGAAUAUUAUUUUGAAAAGUGGAACCUUACAAAAAUUAAUAAUGAAACUAACCUAUACCAAACAUCAAUCAUUGUUCCACCAACUACUAUUGAUGGAAUUUCAACAACAACAACCUAUAUAAAUACAACUUUACAAUGGUUUACAAAAGAAACAAAUAUUUCAUUUGCAAAUCAAUCACUCAUUAUGAAUCCAUCAACUAUAAAAUAUACAAUUUCAUUUUCAAAUUAUAAUUUUAAAAAUCAAUUAAAUCAACUUGAAUUAAUUAUGUCAGCAUCUCUUUUAUCUUCAAAAACUAAUGAUAUUUGUUCUGGAAAUGAAUUUGGUGAAACAAAUUCUAUUGAUAAUUCAAAUUACUUAAAAAUUAAAGUAGGUGAUCAUUCAUUAUAUGGUAGAUUCAUAAAAAGAGCAUUAAUUGAUGGUUUACCAAAAUCAAUUUCAAAUACAAUAUUAGAAAAAUCAGAAUUUAAUUCAUUAAAAACAAUAGACACAACACCACAUUCAGAUCAAUUAUUUAUAGCAAUUUCAAUACCUCAAUAUAAAGAAUAUGUUAUUAUUGAUCCGGAUUUUUCUCUACUUAUUGAUCAUAGUAAAAACUCAAAUUCAAAUAAUAUUUGUACUUAUUCAAAAUCUGGUCUUUCUUCUGGCCAGUUAGCUGGUAUCAUUAUUGGUUCUGUAGCAUUUGUAGCUGUGAUUUCAAUAUCUUUGGCCUACCAUUUUGUUAAAAAGAAUAAUAAUAAAAAACUUUUAAAUAAUAUAAAAAAUAAAUUAAAAGUUUUAAAUUAA